AUGGACACUUCAGCCGAGGAGGACAAAGCUGAACGAGGACGAGCAGCAUACAUCGCUCAGUUUUCGACAGCGCCAGACAGCGAAGCAGCGACUGAAGAUGAGAUCCGGGAGCUGGAACAUGUCGCAGCCAGACUGCCGGCGCGGGUUUGGCUUGCCGCAACGAUUGGAAUGGCGGAGCGGUUUGCGUACUAUGGCACACAGACUCUCUUUCAGAACUAUCUCCAGAACAGUCCAGGUGACCUCAUACCCGGUGCAAUAGGAUUAGGAAAGUCUCAUGCUACAACGGUCAACUUGGCUUUCACAGUUGCGGUGAAUCUGUUGCCAUUGCCAGCAUCGAUCCUGGUUGAUGGACGUUUAGGGAGAUAUAGGUCUCUACAGAUCUUCACUGGAAUCUACGCUCUAGGGUCUGCAAUUUUGUUCGGCACCUCAUUUCCCUCGGAAAUGAGGAGCGGCGUUGCUCUUAUAGGGUUCAUUUUGGGAAGCACCCUGAUUGCUGUGGGACUUGGAGGUGUUCAAGCUUCAGUGCAGCCUUUUAUUGGUAAUAUGCUCAGCGUUAUGUUCACCCAGUUCGGAGAGGACCACACUCACUGCUUGCCCAGCGGACCAAUAUACAGAGCAAACUAUGCGAAUAAGAACCAGGAAGAAUGGCCAGCGGGUGGUAGAAAGUCGCGAAAUGGCUCUCUACUGACUCGGGAUCGUCAUUCUAGGAUGGUAAAUGUCGGCUCACUGGGAAGCAUUGCCACCACCUUGAUGGAGAAGUACAUUGGCUUCUGGUCCGCGUAUCUGCUGGAUCUGUGUGCCGUCCUACUUGCGGUGGUGAUUGUCCAUUUGGCGAGACCAAAAUUCGUCCAUCCUGUAGCACAAGGGUCUGUUCUUCCCCGUGCAGCUCGCUGCCUAUGGUAUGCUGCCCGGGAUGGAUUCAGCCUGGACGCCGCUGGGCCAGAGCACCAGUUAGAGAACCACCAGCGAGUGGUACCAUGGGACAAGGAAUUUAUUGCUGAGCUUCGGGGUGCGCUGUCUGCAUUCAAAAUCUGGUACUUCCUCUCCAAUACCCAUUCCCAAGUUGUCAUCCUUUCAUUCGAUGUAGCUUCUAACGGCAGCAGCAUUGGAUGGCCCAUUUUUUGGGUAUGCAUGGGACAGGGCGCUCAAGUCUCAAUCUCGCAAGCCGGACAAAUGGAAACCCACGGGAUUCCCAACGACCUGAUCAAAUCGUCGAACCCAGUCGCCUACGUGGUCUUCGGCGUGCUUGUCCAAAAACAGCUCUAUCCUCUCCUCCAACGACGCAAGAUCCACUUCAGCCCCGUCAAUCGCAUCAGCCUGGGAUUCUUUAUCAUGUCUGUGGCAAUGGCGUAUUCUGCAGUCGUGCAAGCAAUCAUCUAUCGCUCUGGUCCAUGUUACUCCCACCCACUGUCAUGCGCCGCGUCUGGCGGCCGCACUCCUAACCAAGUGUAUGUCCUGCUUCAGCUGCCGACUUUUGUGAUCAUCGCCCUGGCCGAGGUGUUUUGCUGGCCGACCGGAUCAGAGUACACGUAUUCGCAUGCCCCGAAGAGCAUGAAGUCGGUUCUGCAGGCGUGCUAUAUCAGCACCGCCGGAGUCGGAUAUCUGUUAGGAAUGGCCUUGUCGCCUCUGGCUCGGGAUCCUUUACUUGUGGUGCUAUGGUCUGUGACGGCGGCGAUGAUGUUUGCGACUGCCUGUGCUUUUUGGAUUGCAUUCCGGAAGGACUAG